GGGACCAGCCAAGGGGACGGGGACCACAGGCCAAUUUUAUCCUAGAAGGCAAUGGUCAGGAUAGGGUAAAUACUACCACUCGCCGGGCCGGGGCAGAAAAUAAGCUUAUUCAAGAUACAGUAAUGGAGGAACUCGCAGGGACUAGCACGGGCCAGCAAGAGACCGAAGCCGCGGAACAAGAGAAGGUCUAUGGGAAGCCAAGGGAGGAUGAACUGGUAGACAAGGCUACGGCCGCAAAAAUAAAGUUCAGGUAUCAAAUUCCGAUCCUGACUUCGCCAGAAAUCGAUGGCACCUUGAGUAAGCUACUGGGUACCAUGGUAUCGGUGUCUUUUCAGACCAUGCUGCAAGCCAGCCCAAGGCUGCUUAAAGGACUCAGGCAGUUGCUAACGCGUAAGCGCGUAGAGGUAGAGGAGGCCCCGGAACUGCAAGAGCAGGACACGGAGGAGGCCGAGGCGCCGCAAGGAGUCUCCAACCUCCAAAGCAUUCCAGGGGGCCUGGGAGAGUUGGAGAAAGCCUUUGCGGACAUCCACCUAAGCCUACCGGACCGUGAAGGUGGCGAAGUCAUGAGCGCGCCACCCGGGACAAAGCUUAGCUUUCAUGCAUUACCAGUUGGGAAACUUAAAGUUCAAAUUGGAACUCACCACACUGACGCGUUAGUGGACGGCGGAGCAGAAAUCACCCUCAUACGACGGGAUUUCGCAACGGUCACGGAGUGCACGCUAAACAAGGAAGUAGCAGGGAGUAUCCGGGGAGCAGGUGGCGAAAUUCCUUUCACAGGGUAUGUCACCAAAUGUGCAGUCAGGGCGGGAAUCCGGGAAUCCAUCUGGUCCUUUCAGCGGAUGACCGUGAUGGAAGAAAUGGAUCACGACGUAAUCCUCGGGAGACCGUGGUGCGCCAAUGUGGAAAUAAUAGGAAUGCAUCUGCACGACGGCACAUACAUGGUAGACAUAGAGGACCCGGUGACUGGCCGCGGGGAACUUCUCCGACUUCUUGCGACCGGAGGAGACCCUCCGAAGGGCAAAUUGGCAACCUGGUCUCCAACAUUCGAAGAAAGUGCGCGGAAGCGGGCAUUCGCACGAAUGGAAGGCAUGAGGGAAAGGGUAGAAAUUAUGAUCGAGGAGGCUUUUAGUAAAAAGGAAUGGAUCAAGAUGGGUCUGCCCGCAUACCUGUUCGGAAGGCGAUUUAUCCUAAGGAUCGAUCCCACCAACGUGGCCGGAGCCCUAAAAAACUACAAGCCUAUAGAUCCGACCGUUGGCAGAUGGAUAGGCUUCAUAUGGCAAUUCGACUAUAAGGUCGAGCGAAUUGCAGGGCUUCGAAAUAGGGCAGAUGGGUUGACCAAGGUAUGCAUCACGCCAAAACGAGUAGAGGACGCGGAACCAAUUGACGCCUUCCUGGAGUACGAAGGAGGGACCCUUGUUGUGGAUAAUGAGAUGGCAGAUCAAGUAAUCACAACAGGUCAGUUGCUGAUUCAAACCUUGGAAAAGGGCGCACCUGCAAUGGUUGCAGAACUCAGGGAAGGACCAAUCACCACGGUCAGGCGCAAAGAGGAAAAGGACUCAUGGGGAGCAGAAGUAGGGGCCAGAGAGGAACUGAUGGCAAUGACCGUGGAGGGGGGACAGGACGCUGUGAUGACGUUGGCCGAAGCCUGGGCGCAGAAGGAGUGUAAGUAUCUAGUCAACCUCACUCGGGAGGAGCAGGGUACGAUCAGAAGGAACAGGAGUUCUUCCUCAUACAGAUGUACGAGGGCGUCUUCAAAGAAAUCGGUCUGCUACUUGUAGGGAACAAACAACCCACGGAAGU